AUGGGGAGCGGGUGGUGCGGAGCGGCGCAGCUGGCCGGGGAGCCGGGGCGCGGGGCGCUGCUCUUCCCUCCCCUCCUCCUCCUCCUCCUCUUCCUCCUCGUCCUGCUGCUGCUGGGCUGCUCCCGGCCGCUGGUGCUGCGGCGCGGCCCCGGGCAGGUGGGCUACCUGCCGGCCCCCGGGCUGAACCGCGGGGAGGCUGCUCGCCGCGCCCGCCGCUCCCGCCGGCCCGGCGUCCUCCCGCCGCCCUUCCCCAACGGCUGGUACCGCCUGCUCGACUCCGCGCAGCUGCCCCGCGGCGCCGCCCGCAGCAUCGCACUGCUCGGAGAACAGCUCGCUGUGUUUCGCACCCAGGAUGGCCAAGUCUACGUGGUGGAUGCUUACUGCCCGCACCUCGGGGCCAACCUUGCCGCUGGCGGGCGCGUCGUGGGCAAUUGCAUCGAGUGCCCGUUUCACGGCUGGCAGUUUCGAGGAGAAGACGGAAAAUGCACCCGCAUCCCCUAUGCUGAAAAAGUGCCGGAUUUUGCCAGGGUCCGGACCUGGCCGUCCUGCGAGGUGAACGGGAUGCUGCUGGUGUGGUACCACUGCGAAGGGGUCGGUCCCACCUGGGCCGUGCCGGAGCAGCGGGAGGUGGCCACCAAGGAGUGGGUGUUCCGCGGACAGACAGAGCACUGGGUGGACGCGCACAUCCAGGAAAUCCCCGAAAACGCGGCUGACACAGCUCACCUGGCUUUCGUCCAUGGACCAGCUAUCCUGGGUGGAUCCGACCUGAGAUACACAAGGUCCAAGCUGUGGGAUUUUAUGAAGCACAUCUGGAAGGCGGAGUGGCGGCCGGAGCCGGAGCCCAACGAGCAUUGCUCCCGGCUGCUGCUUCAACACUCCGCAACCAUCUUUGGGAAGCACGUCUCCUUGAUGGAUUUGACGGUUUCAGCCAGGCAGGUGGGGCCAGGCCUGGUUUUCCUGCUCUUUGAACACGCUUUGUUGGGCCGUGGGAUCAUCCUGCAGACGGUGACUCCCCUGGAGCCGCUCCUGCAGAAUGUCGUCCACACCAUCUACUACCAGAAGAACGUGCCGGCCAUAAUCCCCAAGUUCAUCCUGAGAGCAGAGUGCAUACAGUUCGAGCGCGAUAUAACCAUCUGGAAUAACAAACAGUAUCUGCCCAAGCCGCUGCUGGUCAGGGAGGACUCGGGCAUCCAGAAGCACCGGCGCUGGUACGCCCAGUUCUACAGCGCGAAGAGCACGAGGCUCCCGGCGCAGCAGGGCCUGGACUGGUGAGGACCUCGCUGCAGAAGUGGCCAGUGGCUCCCAGGUGUCGGCGGGGUGGGGCGGGCAUCUUCAGUGUCACCAAUAUUGGCCCUGCCCAGCGAGCGGAGCCUGAGCCCUGGCAAUCCUCUUCUACCUUUCGUGUCGGGCAUCAAAGCUCAAAGGGUGUCACACGCUCUUGUACCUGCGCUCCAACGUAUGCGCUGAGCAUGAAUUUAAGAUUGCCAGAACUGCCUUUAAAGUGCCCUUGUCUCUCACUGCUGCUACCAUUUUGCAUCGUUAGAUGAAAAGCUUUACAUGUGGCCUU